AUGGAACGAGCAGGUGUCCAUUGCAGUGUGGAAUUCAUAGAAGCUGGACCAGGAAUAAUUGCACCUGGGGGAUCCUUCAGGUUAACAUGCAGAGUCAUGGGGGACUCUUUCAUGGACACAUACUGGCAUUGGAUCCGCCAGGCUCCAGGGAAAGGGUUAGAAUGGGUGGACCAGAUAAACUGGGACAAUAGUAACUGGAGGGCAAAGUAUGCCCCGUCCCACCAAACCAGAGCAACCUUGACUGCUGAUGCCUCCUGCAAUGAAUAUCAUCUAAUGCUGAAGUCCCUGACAGUUGCAGACUCAGCCCUGUAUUACUGUCCAUGUGUUGAAUCAGAGGCCCAGUUGGUGGAGUCUGGAGGGGAUGUGAGAAGACCUGGAGAGUCCCUCCGUCUCUCCUGCCAAGCCUCCGGGUUCACCUUCAGCAGCAAUGACAUGUACUGGGUGAGACAGGCCCCUGGAAAAGGACUGGAAUGGGUGGCAUACAUAACUCCAGGUUCUGGUACUAUUUACUCGGACAAAGUCAAGGGACGCUUCACCAUCUCCAGGGACAACUCCAAAAGCCAACUCUAUCUGCAAAUGAACAGCCUGAAGCUGGAGGACUUGGCAGUCUAUUACUGUGCA